ACAAAAUUUUAGUGCAGAUAACACGGAUGCAGCUAAGCCGACGUCGUUUUUGCAAUUUUCGUUAGUUGCCGGAGACUAUUACCAUUUACCAUUCACCUUGCAAGCACUCGGUAUGUAACGACUAUGGGAACUCUUCAACUCUCUCUUCCGCCGUCGUCCAGCCAUACCCUCCACGGCUGCCACCAACAGCCACCGUCGCCACCGCUACAGCGAAAGCUAUUCCCCAAAUGUGCACUGAGCAAACAAGCCUACCGCCGCCUUCUCUCGCAGUUCCCAAUCCCCAAAUUCACAGCAUCUUCCCCCAAAGCCCAACCUCCCAACGCCGCCUCCCACUUCUCCCCUCUUGUCCUUCUUAUUCCUAGAGGGCGCUUUGGCACCAUAUAUGCUGCGUUUGCAGGAAGAAAUCACGAUGAAUUGAGCUACGGCGAUGAAUUUCGUGAUGAGCCCUUUUGGUUGAGUUUGAUCAAAGAAGCAAUCUGGGGUUUGAAAUCUUUAUUGGUCUUUCUGGUGGAGCAGCCAAGUCAGCUUAAAUAUAUUGAAUGGCCAAGCUUCAAAAGCACGCUGAAGACGGCAACUCUCACUCUUGUUCUUGUGGCACUGCUUAUCGUUGCUCUCUCCUCAGUUGACUCUGCCCUCAGCUAUCUGUUGGCUUUGCUUCUCCGGCGAACCCCAUGACAUAUUUGACACUCUGUGAACGACAUACUUUUAAUGCAUGGUCCUGCUCGCCAAAACUGCAGAUGCUGAUCAAUCCAUGUCAACAUCAUCAUGGUAGGCGGAAGUCUGUUUGCCCCUCGAUAACCGGUAGUGUUUGCACAACUCUUGGAGCAAGGUUAUAGGGGAAAAACACAUGGUUAUGAAGUUAAAAAUUGAUUCAGGGAGAGCGAUGAACAGUUUCAAAGUGCUUUCUCAAAUUUGAUGAAAAUAUAUUUUUGCUGGAAGUUGUAUUGAUAACUCUUAAGGAAAAAAAAUCUGCACUACCAAAAA